AUGCGGCCUGUAACUGUUCUCAGUGUCCUUGCCCUCGUCACAUUCUCGGCAGCGGCCGCCGUCGACAGCCAGGACAGUGCUGCUAUUGUUGUGCGCAGUUAUGAGGCCGAGCCUCGCAGCGACUCUACCUCGCCCUCGAAUCAACAGCUUGAAGAGAGGCACCUCGCUCCUCGAUGGGAGGAUGGCGGCGAGACCUUUGGGUGGCCUGCAGACUCGGUCACCCGCGGCACCCGAGACUACCAGUUUGUGGUAACCAAUCUCGGUAAUAACAAUUACCGAGUCCAGCUCUACCACAGCGGCCCUAGCAAUGGACGGGAUGUCAGAUACACAUUCACUGCGCCUGGCAUCUCGAUUGUCAAGACUCUCAAGCCGCGCAGCUCUGCCUCUUUCGAAGUGACCAAGUCGGGUGAUGGCUUUCAGGUUAAGGUUGAACGUCCUUGA